AUGGAGUUUUUCAACGAGAAGGUAAUCAUGAUCACGGAGAAUAUUAAUCUUCUUCGACAGGACGUCGCCGAGAUUCACAAAGAAUUUCCAAACCUCAAAGACAACACAAACUCUGAAACCCAGGUUCAGGCAGGCGAUACCCCGAAAUCUCCCAGCAAGGCGACAAUGGACGAGCUUUACUUCCGCAUGGACGAGAUUGACGAGGAUAUUCUGAGCUUUGCAGCUCUCGUUGACUUCACUCACCAACUUCCCCAGUUUGCGGCUCUUGUGAUUGCCUCCCGUAUGUUGAAGGUUGAGCUGGAACUCAUCCUCUUUGCAAUCUGGACUAACAACUUUGACCGCUUGCAACAGGACUUCCUGGCUUGGUUUAACGAGUAA